AACGUCAAAAUCUGCGCGGGUGAAUUUGUCUUCCGUCAUCACAUAAAUAAAUGUUUUGGUUUUACAAAAAUGAAUUAGCCAUUCUCAUGAUUUUUUUUUUCACGGAGGGAAAAUAAUUUGCAUCCUUGUGUAUUUUUAAUAGCAUUGAUUCAUUUGUAGUUACUUUAUUUUCUAAUGUCUCGUGUAUUGAUUUAUGAAGUUAGUCCACUCCAUAGAAGUAUUCGUAGUUAAAAAUUCAGAUAUUGUAGGGCAAAACAUGGCUAAACAGGUGGCAGAGGUGGAAAUUCAUGCUACCACAAGUUCUGAUAAGGAUUUAGAAGACCUAGACAUCAGCGUACAUCAGGUUGAUGACAGACUGUUUCUGGGUAAUUUGGCUUGUGCUAGAGAUUACAAAACAUUACAGGAACUCCAGAUAACUCACUUAAUGACAUUAGAUUUGGUGCCAUUACCGAGAAGUGUAUUAGACCACACUGAUCUCACUUUCAAAUUUAUUAAAUUGGCAGAUGUACCUAAGGAAGAUUUAAUAAGCAGACUGCCUGAAGCACUAGAAUUUAUUAAGAGCGCUAUUGCCUUACAAAAAAAUAUUUUAGUUCAUUGUUAUUUUGGCGUAUCUCGAUCAGCAGCAGUUGUUAUAGCAUAUAUGAUGGAGAAACAUGGUAUGAAUUAUGAAGACACCCUCGCUCUAGUAAAACAGAAACGUCGCUUUGUCUGUCCUAAUGCUGGGUUCGUGGCUCAGUUGAAACUGUUUGCACAGAUGGGUUACAAGAUAGAUAAAGAUGAUCCACGGUAUAAGCAGUUUAGGCUUAAAAUGGCAGGCCAGAAACUAAAACAAGUGAAGAUCCUGCCGCAAUCAUUCUCGGACUUGGUGAAGGCGGACCCGGGCGUGGCCCGCGAGCGGCCCGAGCCCAGCGUGUACCGCUGCCGGCGCUGCCGCCGCGUGCUGGCCACGCAGCACAACCUCAUACCGCACGUGCCCAAGCAGGUGAAAGUCCAAUGGGCUAAGAAGGGCAUGCGUCCACCUCACAAUCUGCUGUCUCAAGACGGGGAAGGACUGAUAGAGCGGUUGCGGACCCUCGCCUGCCAGAUACUGGACAAGCAAGACACUGCCGGCUCCAGCUCUGAUCAAACUCCUCAACAUGGAGUAAAUCACCAAGAUGCCGAGGAUUGGACUGAACAGGCGUUAGAGGGGUACACGGAGGACGUGAUGGUGGACGAGUGUAUACGGGGCGAGGGCGGGGGCGGGGGUGGCGCGGGGGCGGGGGCGGUGUGCCGGCUGAUGUGGUUCGUGGAGCCGCUGUCGUGGAUGCAGGGCGUGACGUCACAGGCGGGCGGCAAGCUGCUGUGCCCCAAGUGCCGCGCCAAGGUCGGCACAUUCAGCUGGGUCAUGGGUCAGUACAUGGGCCAAAAUACUUUUUUAUGCCUAAAAACCUGUCCCUUUGAACUAACGUUGAAUUUUACGGUAAAACACUACAAAAGUGUAAAAUAAGUAUGCUAAUUUUAAAAUAUUACAUUAUUGUUUAAUACAGAACACAAGAUUUGACCAGUAAAAAUACAUCAUAAUAACAAAAAAUAUAGUAACAAUGUUGUCAUUCUUAGUAACGCAUUUGUUCUUCAUACAAAAUACAGUUGUCCUUGAGCACAUGUCUCAAGCUUCUAUGGAUUUUUUUCCACAAUAUUUCCUAGGUGGCGAUUCAUAAUGAAUUCCGCUUUAAAAAUUUAAACCCUAAACCUUAUUUAUAAUGCCAAUAAAUAUUUUUUAAACAAAUAAUUAUUGGAGU